UUAAUUUCCUUUAAUUAGGAUAACCUUUUUCUUAAAGUGAAGACAAUGGUUUUAUUACAUCUUUUUCUUCGGAAAAGAUAGGCUGUAUUUUCUAGCAAUUACGAAUUUGUUAUAUAUGAUGAUCUGGUUCUUGGAACGUUCUUGAAGCUAGUGUCUCUAAGGCAGGUGUGUACAGCAAGACGAGAAUAACACAGCAAUCGAUGUUGAAAGCAUUAUAAGGCAAUUGAGCUUGUCAGAACUACAAAUAUUGCUGAGUGUGGAUUGCUCUGAAAUCUGAAAACAUUACUUGUGAAUUGCUUCUAUCCAAAAUGCAGACACAAUGCUGGGUAUUGGUUUACUUGUUUCCGAUUUUUCAACCCUCUUUUCCAGGCAAAAGAGGGUUGUAUCCAAACGAUACAGACCCACAGAGUCUAACAGAUGUCUCUAUAUUCCUCCUCCUCGAACUCUCAGAGGAUCCAGAACUGCAGCCGGUCGCCGCUGGGCUGUUCCUGUCCAUGUGCCUGGUCACGGUGCUGGGGAACCUGCUCAUCAUCCUGGCCGUCAGCCCUGACUCCCACCUCCACACCCCCAUGUACUUCUUCCUCUCCAACCUGUCCUUGCCUGACAUCGGUUUCACCUCCACCACGGUCCCCAAGAUGAUCAUGGACAUCCAGUCUCACAGCAGAGUCAUCUCCUAUGCAGGCUGCCUGACUCAGAUGUCUCUCUUUGCCAUUUUUGGAGGCAUGGAAGAGAGACAUGCUCCUGAGUCUGAUGGCCUAUGACCAGUUUGUAGCCAUCUGUCACCCUCUAUAUCGUUCAGCCAUCUUUAACCCGUGUUUCUGUGGCUUCCUAGAUUUGUUGUCUUUGUUUUUGUUUUUUUUUUUUCUCAGUCUUUCAGACUCCCAGCUGCACAACUUGAUUGCCUUACAAAUGACCUGCUUCAAGGAUGUGGAAAUUCCUAAUUUCUUCUGGGAACCUUCUCAACUCCCCCAUCUUGCACGUUGUGACACCUUCACCAGGAACAUCAACAUGUAUUUCCCUGCUGCCAUAUUUGGUUUUCUUCCCAUCUCGGGGACCCUUUUCUCUUACUGUAAAAUUGUUUCCUCCAUUCUGAGGGUUUCAUCAUCAGGUGGGAAGUAGAAACCUUCUCCACCUGUGGGUCUCACCUGUCAGUUGUUUGCUGAUUUUAUGGAAGAGGCGUUGGAGGGUACCUCGGUUCAGAUGUGUCAUCGUCCCCAAGAAAGGGUGCAGUGGCCUCAGUGAUGUACACGGUGGUCACACCCAUGCUGAACCCCUUCAUCUACAGCCUGAGAAACAUGGAUAUUAAAAGUGUCCUGCAGCGGCCACACGGCAGCACAGUCUCAUCUCAAUAUCUUCUUAUCUGUUCCAUUCCUUUUGUAGGGGGGGUUAAAAAAGGCAGCAAGGUCAAAUAAGAAUGACAUCACAGGGUGAACACCCACUGUG